GGCGGAGCAGGCGGGGCCCGGCCCAGGCAGCCGCCGCCGCCGCAGCAGCAGCCGGAGCCGCCUGCAUCGGAGCCGAGCCCGAGCCUGACAUGAUGUUUCCGCAAAGCCGGCACUCGGGCUCAUCUCACCUGCCGCAGCAGCUGAAGUUCACAACCUCCGAUUCCUGCGACCGGAUUAAGGACGAAUUCCAGCUCCUGCAGGCUCAGUAUCAUAGCUUGAAGUUGGAAUGUGACAAGCUGGCCAGCGAGAAAUCAGAGAUGCAACGUCACUAUGUCAUGUAUUACGAGAUGUCCUACGGGCUCAAUAUCGAAAUGCACAAACAGGCUGAAAUUGUCAAGCGGUUAAACGGCAUUUGCGCUCAAGUCUUGCCCUACCUGUCUCAAGAGCACCAACAGCAGGUCUUGGGAGCCAUUGAACGAGCCAAGCAAGUGACCGCCCCAGAGCUGAAUUCCAUCAUCCGCCAGCAGCUUCAAGCCCACCAGCUCUCGCAGCUCCAGGCUCUGGCACUCCCUCUGACUCCACUGCCCGUGGGCCUCCAGCCCCCUUCCCUCCCAGCUGUCAGCGCCGGCACCGGGCUCCUCUCACUGUCCGCCCUGGGCUCCCAAGCUCACCUCUCCAAGGAGGACAAGAACGGUCACGAUGGGGACACCCACCAAGAUGACGACGGGGAGAAGUCAGAUUAAAGUGAGGGGUUGGGGGGUGGGGGGGAAGAGGGGUUCUGUAAAAGAUGCAGUAUCGCUCUGGUCAACACUCCGCAGAACUGCAGUAGUCUGUACGGUGGCAGCCCACAAGGCACACAACCCAUGUGGUUGCGCGCGCACACACACACACACACACACACCCAUGCCCACGAUGUGUGUGGGGGGGGGAGGGGUGUCCAAGCAUCCAUCUCCCUUGAGAACGGAAUAGAAACGGGGCAGCAAUGAACGCCACCGCUAUGAACACGGGGCUGUUAAAUUCCACUCUCCACCAGACCCCAGCUCCCUUGGCCUGGGCCGAGUGCUGCUGUCGGCCGCUCUUGGCCUGCAGGACGUUGAUCUGACCCCGGGGUGCACAGAUGGGCCCAGCUGUGUCUGGACUCUGGGUACUGCAUGCAAGCCCAGUGGUACCACUCCCCCUCUCCCCGGCCCCGGUGCGUGUUUAAAGAUACAAAGCUGUUCUCCAUCCCCAUCAUCCCUGCCCCUCCACGCCCCACCCUCUGUAGGUUUCGAUUGCGUCUCACUGGUUCGGGCUCUGUUCGGUCUCGGCACCCCCACCUGCACUAGUGCCAGUUCUGCACCUUGCUGUCCUGCAUGUAUCCCUGUUAAACCAGUCCUGGGAGCACAAUACUAGUCCAGUGCCCUCAGGCGCCAGGCGUCUCGCUUCCUGCUGCUUCUCCGCUUCUAGCUGGAGCCCCCCCACCCGCUGGCCCUCCUCAGCAUUGGACCUGGCUGUCUAAGAUGGUGGGAGGAAGGGAGGAGUGGGGGGGAGGGGAGAAAUCAGACCAGCUUAGAACCUCCCUCCGCUUCCCUGCCCCCCACCGUUUGGAAAAGGAUACUGCAGCUUUCUCUGUUUCUAUUUCACUGCGCUAGCGUGUCUUUCUUUAAAAAAAAAAAACACACAAAAAACAAAAUGGAAUUAAAAAAAAAAAAGAAUCUCGUGUUUGUAUAUAGUCCUUUAGAGAGAAAUCUUGUUUGGCUUUUUGUGUUUAAUCACUCAACCUAUACGAAGAGGAACUGAAAAUGCUGUAUUGAGGAUGUUACUAGCUGUGCCUUUCAAAUAAAGAAAUAAGAAGGUUGGUUAAAA